AUGCAUUCCUUUGCCGCAGACGAGACUCUGCUUCUUCCGAGCCGAAUGAACGGUGACUUGACUGUAGCACCAAUCUGUGUCGAGGCAGUCGUUGAACACUACCACCAUCGCUAUCAUCAUCCGGUAUCAAUACCAUCCUGCGUCAGAUCUCUACCUCGAACAAUGCGGCCAUUCGCACCGACCUCAUCCUUCGCUCGAGCGGUAUCCGCAUCGUCGCGCACCGCCGCCUCCCCCAUCGCAACCCGACUCGGCCUCGCACCCAACCGCAACUUCACCACCACCCUCAUCCGUCGUGAUGAUCAAUCUCGAGCCAAAGCCGGCGGAGUAAGUGCCUCCUCCCACCCCCGUACCGUACCCUUCUUUGCCUUGUUUUCCGUUUCUAACCCUCCCAUCUUCUCCGAUCCGUACUGCCAGGUGAAAUCCGUGAUGAACCGUCCCGAAAUCACCCCGCUCUUCCUCUUCACCGGCGGGAUGAUCUGCCUCGCGCUCUUCUUCGGCGGCAAACACCUCGUCAAGGACAAAGAGCUGCGUCUCGACCACAAACAGCAGAACCGCCUAGCAACCCAGACCGACCAACUCGACUUCGACGCCAUGGCGAAAGUCGCCCAGGAUCCCGACGGAAAACUGACCAAGGACGCCAUAGAGGAGGAUAAGAAGAGACAGCAAAGGUUGGAGGGGAUCAGAGAGGAGAAGAAGGAAAAGGCGAACGACAAGGUGUAG